GUAAUAUUUGUUAAUUGUUUUUGUCAUUUUUAAUUGUAUUUUUAUAAUGGAUUCAUCAAAACACACUAAAAAUAAAUGUGACAAAAUCUGCAAUGACAUUGGAGCGUUCAAAAAUGUUGAAUUUAAGCCGGAAAAUGUCAAAGGGAUGGAAGAAAUAGCACCAACAAGUGCAGUUAAUGCUCAAUAUGCUAUUGACUAUGUAUCCGCUAAAGAGGAACACUUACCGAAUCUCAAACCUGGACCAGACGGUGCCGUAGACUGGACUCCUCUGGCUAAAAUGACGGGAACGAGACCACCUGUCAACAAGUACAGCAUCAGCCGAUACUCGCUCAACGAGUGGCGAAACCACAACCAACAGGUACUAGACCCAGAAACCAUCACAGAGUCAAACAUCAUCGAUUACAAUGCUAAAACGGCUAUGUUGAAAGCGUUCGGCAGGGUUGAUAAGCAGCAGAGAGACAACACCAUGAGAUCCAAGCAGAAAGCCAAGGAAAUAUUCAGAUGGAAAGUAGAAGUAGAGAGAGCUUGUAAAGCGAUAACAGAGGAAGUGGAGCUUUUGGAGAUAGAGAGACAGCGCUUGAAAGGUGCUUCUAGAGUGCUGAUGUUACCGGAGUCUAUUUCUAGGGAAUGUCUGGAUCUACGCUCGAACAGGUUCGAACCGGAUCUCGUGUCCGACUUAGCGGAACAGGAGCUAAUCAAAGAAAUGAAUUCGGUCAAGGAAGUAAGACAGACCUUUAAGAAAACUCUCCAGGAUAUAGAGGAGCAGCUGGCAAUAAAUAAGGCAGCGAAACAUAGGAUUGAGUACGACUGGUGUGAUAAAUCUAUGGCUUAUGAAACUGAGACUACCAAUUUGGGAUUAAACACCAAAUCCAACACCAUCAUGUUUAGACCGGGAGCUACGCGCUUCGGAGAAAAUAGCGCUCCCUUGGAAUACUGGGAAUAUUUUUGCCGAGAAAAUGUACAACAUUGUGAGGCAGUUAGACAGAAGUCCAUGGAUUUGAGGGGGAGCCUUAACGCUAUUCUGGUAAGCGCGGGCAGGAAGCUGCGAACUCAAGCCGACAAAACGGAUGUAGCUUUGGCCGAGACGGUGGCCAUCACGCAGGAGCUGUGCACUAAAUUAGAGGAGACACUACGAAGUACGUUGCGAAAAAUUGCUGACACUGAAAACUUGAUUGACGACUUGAAAGCUGCCGUCAAGAAGAUGGAUGCGGCCAUGAAACUCGCUCAAACGAGGCUCGACAACAGGAACAACUGGCGACCGCACGGCGAGAACGUCAGGGACGAACCGCACUUGGGUCUGAUUGAGGAGGUGAAAGAGAUACAUCAAACGGUAACCUCUCUUCUAGGCCAGCUAAAGAACGCCGAGAGAGUGAGGCAGGAUCUGCUCAACAAGAGAAUAGACUUAGAGAGGGCGGUCGCUUCGAAGAGGAAGACUUUGAACAUCGAUCGCGACCGCUGUGGCAUGGUCCGCUCCCAUUAUCCUUCUGCAUCUGAGUUAGCUGGAUAUUAACGUUUGUUUUGGUACAAUUUAAAUUUGGAAAUUGAAAUAUAAUGCGUUUGAAAGAUGUUUUUAGUUAAUCCAACGGAGAAAGCAAAUAAUUGCUGGCAGCUGGUACGCACCGAAUAUCAAUUAUUAUGAGCGAAUAUAAUUUCGAAAUGGAAAAGCUCGCUUCAGCAAACCGUCCGCGACGGUUUCGCGUAAUUAGUGCCUAAACAAAGGCGUCAAUAAUUUCCCCGUUUCAGUGAAACUUUUGACGAACCUUUCACUAUUGUUGAGCAUCUGAGCAGGUGUUACGUCACGUCCGCAAUCAUUGAUAAGCGUUUCCGCAAAGGUCAGGAAGCGACAUUUGCUUUGCUCGUUCGAGAAACAUAGGUUAGAGUUUGGCUUGCUUAGCUUUAAGACCAAUCAAAGCCAUAAAAUGCAUAGAUGUGCGUUAGUUUACACAAUACUCACACUACGUAAAAUAAAACUUAUCAAUUCCUGAGAAUAGUUAUC